AUGAGUUUCUUGAGACCAUCUGCAUUGCAUCAUUUCUUUUUAAUAUAUGCUACAGUACUAAAAUGGAUGCCAUGCCAGAGCUGGGGAUUUCUUCGAUGGCCUGGUCUUGAUGGGCUGUUGAGGCUUCUUGUUUUGGUGCUUUUGUGGUCUACUUUCUCAGAGCUUCGCUUCAUUCCUUCGUCCUCUAUGUACCCAACUCUUCGUGUUGGUGAUCGUAUCAUUGUUGAAAAGGCUUCGUACUACAUCAAAGGACCUGCUAUAAAUGAUAUAGUUACGUUCAGAGCUCCGAAACAGCUUGGUAUCACAGGGGAAGAUGUUUUCAUUAAGAGAGUUGUUGCAAAAGCAGGAGACUUGGUUCAGGUUCACCAUGGAUCACUUUAUGUCAACGGAAUUGUUCAGACUGAAGACUUCUUAGCGGAGCAACCAACAUAUAAAUCUAAUUUAACUUAUGUGCCUGAAGGUCAUGUUUAUGUGCUGGGUGACAACCGUAAUAACAGCUAUGAUUCCCAUGGGAACCCUUCCUAUAAAGAACAUCAUUGGAAGAUUUGUCAUGUGUUGUUACAGGCCUUCGUGGAGAUAAUAGGACUUCCUCCUGUCUUGGCAGAUAUUAUGAACAUAAACUCAUUUCUUGUGUUUGCAAUGCCUGGAGAACAUAGCUGA